AUGUGCUCUGGAACGACGCAUCCGUUAGCAGGCCCGCUCCUGGGAGUCCCCGAUGGGUAUGCGAAGAAGCACAAGAGCCUCAAAGAGAUCAUCGACGGAAGUCGCUCGGGUGGUGACUCGGAUAAAGCGCCCGAGUUGGUAGAUCUGGUGUCGGAGGAUGACGAGCCUUCCGACCCCGCCGACGUCGCCGCCGGGUGCUCACCGCCAAAGCGCCGCUCUCGCUCCACGCCGAGCGCCGCUCCCGUCUUCCGCAAACGAUCGUGCGUCAACUUCCGCGCGCCGAUCCCGGACGACCGCGAGGAACCCGACGGCGCCGGUCUCCCGGUCGAGGGAUUGGAGCACAUCUUCGAGCUCCCCGACACGGAUAGCGACGGAAACGUUAAACACGUGCUCCGCGUGCUCUUUCCCCGCGAGAAGAUGGGCGACGAGGCCGCGCGCCGACGGCCGGGGUACCACCGGCUCGGCAUCGUGGAGACGGUGUGGGACGCGGUGAGGCUUUACAACGGCACGGCGCGGGCGGAGGGCGCGACGGAGCAGGAGCUGCUCGAGGAGCACCUCGACCCGUCGCACAUCAAGUGCGACGAGUGGAUCCACUCGGACCUCCAGGGCGCGCACGAGACGGGGAUCAGGAUGACCAGGAAGGGUACCUUCUGCGUCAGGGUCGUCGAGCGAGGGGGGACGAGGCCGAAGACGUUGAGCCGCCACAACGACAUCGAAGCCGCCGUCGAGGCGUUCAACGCGCACAGUCGCGAGCAGCUCGUCCUCGGAUACGCGUCGACGCGCGAGUCACAAAAGUUCGGCUCGCUGAAGAAGCUCACCGACAGCUUCGCGACCAUCCUCCCGGGAGACGACAACGCCCUGAAGCUCGGAGAGGACGACGACCGGUCCCCGUCGACCGAACCCUCGAUCAAGCUGAAGCUGAAGCUGACGCCAUCGGCGCGGGAGGCGGCGGAGAGGAUGCGGACGGUUCGACUGGCCGCCAGGGGCGAGGCGCCGCCGCCUCGAACGAAGACGAAAACGAGGAAGAGAACGCCGGAGAUCAGGCGGAACGUCUGCGGGAUCAAGGGGCUGCACGUGUUGUACGAGGCGUUCACCGAGGACGUGGAGCGAACGCUGUUCACGCAUAAAAAACUUUUUCCUUUCGGCGCGACCCGGUCGACGGCGUCGGAGAAACGCAUAGACAGCACGCUGGGCCUCGCGCAGAUGCCCGACGACAUCAUGCGCGUCGCCAAUGUGGUCAGGGACAGCGGCCUGGAGCCGACGCUCAUCACCCCGGAUCACGUUUUGUCGCAGAGCUAUCCUCCGCGGGUGGGCUUCAUGUCCCACUUGGACUCGAGCGAGCGGUGGGGCGAGGUCGUCGUCGGGGUCUCGCUUGGCGCCGACGGCGUGCUCUUCUUCACGCCCAACUGCAGGAGCGACCGGGGCAUCGGGAACCGAAUUCGCAACGCCGCGCUCGAGAACGACUUCGCCGACUACCCCACGGAAUCGGGCGUGACGGAGUCCGACUCGUGGCGCAACGGCCGAGGCUCGCGCGUCAACAAGGGACAAAAGUCGUGGGCGUUGGAGUUGGAGAUUCCGCGACGCUCCGUGUACGUCAUGUCGGGCGCCGCGCGCACCGACCUGGAGCACGGCAUCCGCGCGGUGAAAGCGCCCUCGCAAGAAAGCGCCCCGGCGUGGAACCCUCUCGGCGUCAGACGCUCGCUGACCAUCCGCGCGCAGAAGCCGUAUAGCGACGCGACGCUCGAGCAUCUCGCGAGGGAAAACCCGCGGGACAAAGGCGUCUCGCAGAGGCUCCGGUCGCAGAUGUCGUUCAAGACGGCGUUCGAGGCGACGACGUACGGGAACACCGGGCGCGCGGGCGCGGAACAGGCGAGGGCGUUUGUGGCUAAGAACGCGGCGACGCGUCUUCGGUUCGAGCCGAGCCAGGUUGGGUUCGCGACGGAACCCGGCGCGAAGGAGGACGACGUCAUCCGCAUCGAACUCGUCGACGAGGACGAGGACGAGGACGACGAGGACGAGGACGAGUGGGGCGUGGACGAAAUCGUCGGCAAGCGCGUGCUCGAGGACGGGGAGACGCAGUACAAGGUCGCGUGGUCCGGGACGGACGGCAGGGGACGGCCGUGGAAGCCCUCGUGGGAGCCCGAAUCCAACCUGACCAGCUGUCGGGAAGCCGUCGAGAAGUACGAGACGAUGUGCGGGGUGAUGAAGCGGAGCGAAUACUACUGUUGA